CUACCAAAUCUUCCCCGCUCUCUCUCUCUCUCUCUCCCUCUCUUCGAAACUAUAAAUCCCAGUCGCCCCCACUUUGCCCCCAUUGCAACAGACAUCAGCGACUCUCUCUCUCUCUCUCUCUAAAACAUCUCAGAAGCCAUAUCUCCCUUCCCUUCUCUCUCUCUCUCUCUCUCCCCCACACGGCCAACUACCUUUCUCGGCCGAUUUUCUUUUUCAUUUUCUCGAGAAAAUUGAACCGACCCACUAUAUAGCCUCCCACUUUUCCCCAACCAUCCCCACUUCAACCUAUACGUCAUCAUCUCUCUCUCUCUCUCUCUCUCUCUCUGUGCGCGGGUUGACAUUCCUUAGCCUCGCGACUGUGGUGUUAUUUGAAAGCGGAAGACGUUUUUCCCUUUUGCCUGUUUCUCUGCCUCUCCCUGACAAUGGAAGAGAAGAACGACAAGAAGCGAGCGCGGGAUGACUCGGCCGUCGACUCGCCCGAGUCGAACCUCACUCGGGUCGACUCGGCCUGCUCGGACCUCGGCUCGCCCGAGUCGAAGCGGGUCCGGGCCGGCUCCGAGCCGAGCCCCGAAUCGGCCGACUCGGAUCUGUGCUCGCCGGAGGCGAAGCGGAUACAGGACGACCUGCUCAACAUACUCGACGACUCCGAGGGCGUCACGGACCGGGAUCCGGCCAUCCAAGGCCUCGAUUCCGUCAUCAGAAGCUUCGAGGAGGAGAUACUCGUCCCUCAGGUGCAGUCGGUUCUGGAUCUGUGCUUGGAAGCGGCCGAGACCCGGUCGGAGCUCGGUUACCUGCUGGAAGCUUCCGACGACGAGCUCGGCCUGCCUCCGAGCUUCGGUUCCUCCGCGGAGGACGACGGCAAGGUCGCCGACGCCGAGUUACCGCCGGCGGGGUUCGGAUUCGGCGAGACGAUGGCCUUUGAGAACGAGAUGACGGGUUACGACUCAUUCGAGUUUGUGCCCGAGGCUAGCAACAGUAAUAACCACGAAACGGGCAACGAGUUUGUGAUAUUAGGCGGGUUGUUCGAUUUCCCGGAGGGUAGUUCUGAACCUGACGACGGGCCGGAGAUGUUGUGGCGGCCGGAGUCGCUGCCGGCGAUUUGACCGUUCGUUUUUUCAGGCAGAGGGGCGUUUCGGGUCGCCGGAACGUCUCCGACGACGACGCAUACGGUGUUGAUAUUGAUAGGUUGUACAUGUCCACAAAAAAAAGAGAGGAAAAUCAUGAUUAAGUGUUCCCGUGAGGGUGGAUGAACGAACGAAACCUAAUCGGCGUGUGUUGACAAAUUUUCUUUUUUCUUUUUAUAUCAUUUUUCCCGUAGAAAUUCACUUAAAUCGGGGUAUUAAAAUAAGAAAGACGGCGGAGAAGUUCUUGGCCAGCGCGAAAUGCAAUGCGGGAAUCGGGACUUAAAUUUGAGAAAUGAAAAGGAAAUGGAAAUUAAGAAGCGAGAACGCGAAGGGCGGAUGCGUAAAUUUGAGACUUCGUGAGAUCACGUGACUGGGCAGGUGCGGAAGUCCUGUGUUUUUUUAGCCAGUGACCAAAGCAAUGCGAGGAAUCUUAAGCCUUUUCGCAGGCGCCUUCCCCGGUUUUGGACUUCAAAAGCAAACCGCCAUCACGUGGAUUGGCACGAAUGCGACCGUUUUGCCAUGGCCUAACGACCGUGUUUUCUAGUUGACAUUAUCGAUGUCGAAAAUACCGAUGAUGCAGCCCCUUAGACUUUAUCAGCUCGCCACCUUUCCUCUGCUUUUAAAAACAUUUAAGCCGCAUUUUUCGUAUCGUUUAAGGAAGUUAAUUGUCUUUAGACGAAAUUGUUCGUACGA